CUGAAACUGUGACAGAUGUAGGUGGUUCCAAUUUUAAUAAUUCCUGUUGGUCACCAAAGCAGAGCCGAAGCUCAGGUUACAUUUGCUUAGAUCAUAAUGGGGAAGGACAAACAUAGAUCACUUUACACUUCAAGUCGUAUCGAAACGGAUGGUUUUGUGAAUAAUUCCAGUUUCUGUUUUACAUGGAGAAAAUAACUUCUGUUUAGUUUGCUGGAUGUUAAUUUCCUGGAGAGGGUAUCUAGAGAAGACUGAACUAUCAACUGUUGCAAGGUUCCGCGGAUCCUUCGUCAAGCAACUGAGGAGCCAUGAGUUGGAGUUUGCUCCGUGAUGUUUUGAGUGGGGUGAAUCAGUAUUCCACGGUGGUGGGGAGAAUUUGGCUGAGCGUUAUGUUCUUAUUCCGAGUCCUCGUCUACGUGGUGGCAGCAGAACGGGUGUGGGGCGAUGAGCAGAAGGAAUUCACCUGCAACUCCGAGCAGCCCGGUUGCGAGAACGUGUGUUUCGACUACUUCUUCCCGGUGUCGCAAGCAAGGCUCUGGGCCCUGCAACUUAUCAUGGUCUCCACCCCUUCACUUCUGGUCGUCAUGCACGUGGGCUAUCGGGAACGCAGGGAGAAGAAGCACCACAAGAAGCUGUACAAGGACAAAGGGGACAUCGACGGGGGUCUGUGGUGGACCUACUUCUUCAGCCUGGUGUUCAAAACCGGGGUUGAACUCGGCUCCUUGUUGAUUUUUAACUGGAUGUUCCAUGGUUUCUCCGUCCCGCGCCUGUUGAAAUGUGAGACCUCGCCCUGCCCCAACACAGUGGAUUGUUUUGUCGGACGGCCGACAGAGAAGACUGUCUUCCUCUACUGCAUGGCCACCACCUCCUCGCUCUGUAUACUGCUGAACAUCUGCGAGAUGAGCUACUUGGUUGUCAAGCACUGCAGUAAAUACUGCGAGAAGAUACCCAGCAAGAAAGUGCAGAAGUUCAAGUGUGGGUGUGAGCCGCCCCAGUUAAAAUAUGACCAUCUCAAAACUUUUAAAAAUGGCACCGCAAAAUCUGUGGCAAGCAUUCACUCAAUGUGAAACCGGGGGGGAAAUCGCUGGGACAAUCCCUGUUUCUAACCCGCUUUGAGGAAUGUCAAUGUGCACCUAUCUACUUUCAUCUGAAAUGAGCAAACGUAAACAACUUAGAUCGCAGAACCUAUGAAGAAACAUUCCUUGUUUAAAUGCAUUGCCCCCACUCCCUAAAAUUGAUGGGUGGCGCAGGGGUGGAGUUGCUGCCUUACAGCACCAGAGACCCGGGUUUGAUCCUGACUACGGGCGCUGUCUGUAUGGAGUUUAUACGU